AUGGCCGAGUCCAACCUCAAAGAGACCUUCUAUCGCCAAUUCCACCAGGAUGUCGCAACGCUCCAAAGGCAAAUCGAAAGCUUAUCCUCCCUGUCGACAUCUGGUGGCGAGCGCAAUCAAGCGAUAGACGACUGCCUCGCAGGCAUAGAUCGAUUAUCCCACGAUGUCCAAGACGCGUCAAGUCUUCUACCCGCGUAUGACCAGCGGACAUAUAGCGAGACCAUCAAGAAGUUGAGUGAGAAGUUGUCAAGUAUGAGGAACAGCUUCGAUCCACCCAAGAAGUUCAGUUUCAAGAGCAAGAAGAAGGAUAUCAUGAAACCAGAAGCUAAACCGGAAGUAUUGGAUACAUCGAGUGCGAAGUCGUCUUCUCUACUUGAACAACAACCAUCGCAACCAUCGCAACCAUCGCAACAUCAAGAAACGGCGCAACAGGAUUCGUUCACGUCGACCCUCUCCCACAAGUCGCAUGCCCGUAUAACUCUCGCUCAAGUCCCUUACGCCACAAGCUCACCAACGGUUUCCCAUCUUGCCCACUGUGUCGUCGAUCUUAGCGCUCCAACAAAAGCCGACGCACCCUUCGCCGCUCUUUACCUCCGCUCCAUAACCUCCUCGCUCAUCAUUACCGGCCAAGUCGCAGGAGCAAUCCACAUCACAGACGUCUCCAACAGUGUCAUAGUAACAGCGUGUCGACAGUUCCGUAUGCAUGGCAGCAAAGACGUGGAUGUGUAUCUGCAUAGUACUAGUCGACCAAUCUUUGAGGAUUGUGAGGGCUUGAGGUUCGCACCAUUACCUGAUUCCUAUAAGACACCAGAGGUCGAGCAGUCAGCCAACCAGUGGAAUCAGAUCGAUGACUUCAAGUGGUUGAAGGCCGAGCCAAGUCCACAUUUCAACAUACUCCCUGCAGCUGAACGUGUUUCUGAGGAGGUUUGGAGCAGAAAGAUACCUGGUAACGAUGAGAGCCUAGAUGGUACCCUGCAAGCUGUUGGUAUACGGUGUCGAUAA